CAAGUUUUAGUGAAUAGAAUUAUUUUACUAAUUAUUGUCUUUAUAUUCCUUCCUCCCUCUCUUUUCAUUGCUAUCAUUUACUCCCUCCCCCCUUUCCCUUUACCUCUGCGAUAUCACUGUGCUGUGUGCAACUCGUUUAGACUCUCUCCUUCCUUCUCCCUAAAGCUUUCCUCUUCUAAAUCUUCUUCCUUUAAUAUCACUCGGGUUUUUUUUCUAGUUUCGUUAAAAGAAAAUAUGGGUGUUCUGGAUCAUGUCUCUGAAAUGUUUGAUUGCUCUCACGGGCACAAGAUUAAAAAGCGCAGACAGUUGCAGACGGUGGAGAUCAAAGUGAAGAUGGACUGCGAAGGCUGCGAGCGUAAAGUGCGGCGGUCCGUGGAAGGAAUGAAGGGUGUAUCCUCUGUCUCGCUGGAGCCCAAAGCCCACAAAGUCACUGUGGUCGGCUACGUCGAUCCCAACAAGGUGGUGUCCCGUAUGGCUCACAGGACCGGCAAGAAGGUUGAGCUCUGGCCCUAUGUGCCUUACGACGUCGUGGCUCAUCCUUACGCUGCUGGAGUCUACGACAAGAAGGCACCCUCCGGUUAUGUGCGAAGAGCCGAUGACCCUGGAGUCUCGCAGCUAGCUCGUGCUAGCUCCACCGAGGUCCGCUACACUACCGCUUUUAGCGAUGAAAAUCCAGCAGCUUGUGUGCUCAUGUGAUAUAUGGACCGUUUCAGUUUGUUAUUGAUUAUCGGUAUUGUUGUUUCUGUUUAUUAAUUUUACAUAUGGUAGGUUUCUUGUUCUGGUUUUACUGCUUUGCUACUCGUAACACUCUUAUGAUUGUAAUAUAUCUACGUUUUUUUUUCGUU